UGUAGCAGAUAAGGGGCUGAGAAGGGAAAUAAACAUUGGGCUCAUGAAUCCAUGAUAGCUGGUGGGCCAUGGGUUAUGAGUACUCAUUUACUUUAGUUAUUCAUUUUUGCUUUCCUAGUGGAAUACUUACGUCGGCCUUGGGCCCAGUUGUAAUAAGGGCACUAUAGUAUUUUAGUUUACUAGUUAUAUCGGGAAAUUAUCUAGAAUAUUCUGAGAUUUGAUCUUUUAUUUUCCUUGCGGAGGAAUCUCCCCUCAGUUAUAUUUUCAAUUCAAUGCAGAAAUUAUAGUUUCCGUCCAUUCAAUCUACCUCCAUUUCACUCUAUACUACCUCCAUUCAAGUGGUAUCCACAGCCCCUUUACUGCCCUCAUUUUCAAUGGCUGAAGGCAUACUCCUCCAAGAUUUAUACGAAGACUUUCAUUCCUUCAAGAAAACCACUGAAAACCACAUGCAAAAUACCGAAUCCCAGUUUCACACCAUCAGAGUGGAGAUACAAGCAAUGAGGAGGCAAAUGGAGGCUAUGAUGCAGGAAUUUUCCUCCCUGGCGUCAGAUAUGGACAAAGAAAUUAAUGCAAUAUCAGCUGGACCUAGCAACCAAGGAGAGAACAGUAGGCAACAACAGCUCAUCACCUCUAAUAUCUUUGAUGGGGGACGGGAUUUACUUGACCCAUACCAUGGAAUCUUCAAGGUUUUCAAGCAAUCCUUCAUGGAGUGGCAAGAUCUAAUUGCGCGGGAAGAAGAAGAAAGUGCAGUAGAGAUGGAAGAGACAGUGGCGGUGCCCCUUCCAACCGUACCCAUCAAUGUUGAAAAUCUGAGAGAUUAAUAAAUCCAGCCUAAGAUGCUAUUGACUUCUAAAUGAAUAGAGGAGCAUUCUCUCAUAUAAAGCAUAUAGGAGGAAGAUUGAGUGAGCUCCAAAGAUACGGUUCACCAGUUUCUGUGAUCAAAGAUGAGGAGGAGGAAGAUGAUGAAGAAGAAAAAGAAGGGGGGCCUAUUUCCAUUGACUUUUGUCGGCUCCCAACCUGUUCUUGCACCUCCAUAUGAAGAUUUUCUUCAGUUUCUAUUUUAUCUUCUCUAGUAUUACCAUUAUUUCUGAGGUUACUGUGGUGGGAUAAUUGUUCAGACCUCUCUGUUAUAGUUGCUACCAGCCCUGAUUGCUUCAGCCUUAAACAUUCUGGAAUCCCAUUGAAGGCAUAAAGAGAAGCUGAGAACUUGCGUUCAAACAUCAACCUCUUCAUAGUUUCUCCAAGCAUUGAAGUUUCAUCCCCAUGAUUCUCCUGCUCCAUUGGUUUCACCAUUUCCUCUGCUAUCUCAAAAGUUGAGCAAUAACAAUUAGAUCCCACUUCAUCCACAAACUGCAGAUCUGUAAGAGCCAUAUCAAAAUCUUCUCUUUCUUCCUCCUUCCCUUCAUCAUGACUCUUUCCAUCAACAUUGGUGCACUUGUUAUUAUCCACCAUAUCCAAUGCUCUUACACAAUCCUCUUCCAAUCCAGAAAAACUUGAUGCAAAACUUUGGGCAAUGUUUUCGCUAGUAGUUAUAGAACUAGCCCCACUACUUUCAUAAAAGGUGCGAUCUUCAAGCACAUUGAAGAAAUUAUCGAAGUGGUGGUCUUUUACUUCUGUUUCCUGCUCCUGAAAGUCAGCAGGCAAAGAAGUUGUUGCUGUUGCAGAAGCAAUUUGCCUAGCUUUUAGCCUAAGCAAGAGAAGAUUGGUGAUCUUUGAGGGAAGAGCUGGGGCUGAGUGAAGGCUUGAAGAACAGGGCCAAAAGUUUGUGCGAGUGUUGGCCCCACGAAGCAAGCAAGCUGCCUCAUCAUAGGCUCUUGCAGCCUCCUCAGCAGUGUCAUAAGUUCCCAGCCAUACUCUUAUCUUCUGGAUUAUGUCCUUUAUCUCGGCCACCUACUGCCCGGAAGGCCGCUGGCGCACCCCAAUGUAUCGCUUCCUGUUCCUCCGAGAUCCACACAGUGCUGCUACUGCAGCAGCAUCUUCCAUCAUCUGCUCUAAACCCAUGUUCCUAUCACUGUUUUCUUCCUCUUCUUCCCAAUCACUUCCCUUUCUCUUUCUCACCAUAUUCUUCUUUUAAUCUUCUACCAUUCAUUCCAUUUCUGUCUUUUGUAUGACGGUUGAAGUUGGUGGGCUCAUUAUAGGAAAAGGCUCUUCUACAAGGUUGUUUAAGUUUCUGUUAUGUUUUGAUAUGUAUAUAUAGGAGUGAGGAGAUGCCAUGGAAUAAGAGGAGGUUUGAGAUGGCCUUGUAGUUAUGUCUUUGUUCAUAGCUAAGUUCGGCUUUCUUAUUAAAAGUUGAUUCUCCCUUUACUGCUUGAGGAGAGUUCAAAGUAGUGCAUGCAGCCUGUACAUUUUUUUCCCUCUUUUGACCAAGUCAUUCAUUGUUAUGUAUGCAAUCUAGAAAGUCUAAAAGUAUUACAGUCAGUGAGCUA